AUGGAGGAGAAGAGGAAUUUGGGUCCCAAUUUGGUUCGUGAGAUCGAUGACAAGGCGAAACUUUUCUUUGAGUGGUUGAAGGUUGCUUCAAAUAGGCAGGAAUCUUAUGUUAACUUGAGAUGUCGAGAUAUCGAAUCGGAUCCUUCCCAUGUUGUUCAUGUUAAGGAGAUUAAGGUUCGAUUGGACCUUUUGUAUGAAGAGGAGCCGGUUUCGAUCCAAGAUUGUGAGGUUAAGGUGCUACGCAAUAAGAUGGUUCCAUUGGUGAAAGUUUUGUGGCGCAACCACAAGACUGAGGAAACCAUUUGGGAGUCAGAAGAUAUCACGAAGCGUCAAUAUUCGUAUUUGUUCGAUUUAGGUAAAUUUCUAGGAUGA